GUUUAGUCAAACUGCGCCCAAUGAGCCAAUAUUGUCGAUUGGACAACCACAAUGUUGAGGGAGACAGCAUGCUCAGAUUAGAGGGUUGCAAAGGACCAACAGCUACGAUUCCUCGGAGCAUGAUGCAUCUCCGAGAGAACAUGCAAGUGUCCAUCGCGGGUCGCUGGUCGUCUGAGCUUAUGGGAAAACGCGGAAGUACCCUGGUCGCUCAAACAUUGUCUGUAACGAUGUACGAUUACUAGCUGAUUCUGCUGCGGUGGCCUUGAGUCAAGAUGGCUUCGAAGACAACAGUCCCGCAGUUCAGUGUUCCUUUCCACUACAUGACCGUCGAAGCACAUUGCAAAUCUGUUCCCGAAAACCAUCAUUCAUGUGGAAAACGUACAAGACGGUACUGUUUUCAAUGGUAGCCUCGGCCAAGCUCGCUGGAGCGGAUGAACUAUUCUGCGCCUGUCGCUGCCCUUGUGGAGCUGACAUGGCGCUAACCCGAAAGUCCAUAAGGGCAUAGUGCCGGCGGCCAGGGUCCAAGGCUUACGGGCAGAUGGCCGGCCGGAUUUCCAGCGAGUUUGCCGCUGCUUUUUCCACCUUGUAUCAACGUCAUGGUGUCGGACUCACACGAUCUGCUCGACGACUUCCAGACCCCAACCGCAUUGAUGACUGUGACGGGGCCAAAAACAUCGGCUUUCUCACACGAGGAAAGACAAAUAGGCACUGCUAACAUGCACAUAAGCCAGAACUUUCAAUCGGUAAGCCAUUCGUGAAGACCUCGGUUCCCUGUGCCCGCACGACCUGGACGCAGCCCUAUGGGUGCAGAAAUGUCGGACACGGACGAAGAUGAGCGAGAACUACAACGUCUCGCAUCCAACAACCCAGCCAUGACCGUCCCAACAAGCGGAGUCAUUUCAAGGCCGGAACUAGAACAGGUGCGCUCACGGGGCAGCAAGAGCAAGAGCAAGCACAACACCCCGAAGACAGUAACCGCGUCCGACCCCGCUGGCGACACUGAAACGCUCGUCGAAGAGCCACAACCGCCACCGCAAUCAUCGUCCUCAGAUGGCCAAACUUCAUCCUCAAUCACAGCCUCGCCGCAACAAGCAGACCCCAACCACGAUCAGUAUGGCCAAGUAUCCAAAUACGACGUGGGCUGGCGGCGCGUGGUACGCAAUUUCUCCCCGUCCUGGUUCUCCGUGACCAUGGGCACGGGCGUGGUAUCACUUCUGCUAGGCACGCUCCCAUACCAGGCCGACUGGAUAUACUGGCUGGCGGUGGUAUUCUUGGUCUUGAACAGCAUAUUAUUCACGCUGGCGAUGGUGACUUCCAUCCUACGGUACACGCUGUAUCCGGAGAUCUGGGCCGUGAUGAUUGACGACUCGACGAACUCGCUGUUUCUGGGCACGGUGCCCAUGGGAUUCGCGACGCUGUUGGAGGCUUGGGUCGUGCUGUGCGUGCCACACUGGGGAUACUGGUCCGUGACGACCGCGUGGGUCUGCUGGAUGAUCGAUGCCGUUGUCGCCGGGGCCGUCACUGUUUCGUUGCCAUUCUUGCUCAUGUCGCAGUCGCAUCAGCAUUCGUUGGACAGGAUCACGGCGGCGCAGUUGUUGCCCAUUGCGGCGACUAUAGUUGCUGCUGGAGCUGGAAGCAAAGUCGCCGCCAUUCUCCACGACCCAUCGCACGCCCUCGGCACGCUCCUAACAUCCUACGUCCUAUGGGGCAUGUCGACUCCCCUCGCCAUGACCAUCUUGGUGAUCUACUACCAACGGCUGGCCCUCCACAAGCUUCCACCACGGGAAGUCGUCGUCUCAUCCUUUCUACCUCUCGGCCCAUUGGGGAUGGGCGGCUACGCGAUCAUGAACAUGGGCCGCGUGGCGCGCGACGUGUUUCCACGCACCGGGUUUCUACCCGGUCUUUCAUCGGCCAACAUGGCCGGCGACGUCGUCUAUGUCAUGGGCGUCUUUGUCGCCCUCAUCAUGUGGGGGUUCGGUCUGUGCUGGCUGGUCUUUGCCCUGGCCACUAUCUACCUUACCCGUCCGUUCCCGUUCAACAUGGGUUGGUGGGGGUUUACGUUUCCAUUGGGCGUUUAUGCUAUAAGUACCAUGACUUUCGGGGAGGAAAUGCCAAGCUCUUUCUUCAAGGUUCUGGGGACAAUGUUGAGUGUUGCGGUUGUAUUGUUGUGGUGUGUGGUUGCUGCAGGGACUGCAAAGGGUGCUUGGUCUGGUCGGUUGUUCUACGCCCCUUGUUUGAAAAAUCUGAAAAAGGAAGACCAGGCCGAGCAAAAUACCUUGGAUAAGGAGAAGUUGCCUGGAAGCUGACACCUUUUACAACAAUGGGUGUAUCUGAGACUCUCUGUGUUCUGUACCAAGGAUCAAACCCCUGUGCGAUAUGAUGGAAUGAGUGAUGACGUGUGAGAUGUGAGGUGUUGUAUAUGUGCUGGAUGGUUUGUCUGCCCAUGAAAUGUAUAGUUAAUGUGUCCUGGAUGUCCCGGAUGUUACGAGUGUCAUGGCGCACUAUGUGAUGUAGCGAAAAAUCCACCUCUUGUCAUUGGUGACAGUCCUCCAAUUUUUUGAUAUACCAUCAUAAACCCAUCUAGGCAUCUGCUGCUCUUUUAAAC